GCGGCGCCCGUCAUCCUCACGCCCAUGCAGCAGCGCAUCUGCAACCUGCUCGGGGAGGCCACCAUCAUCAGCCUGCCCAGCGGCGACUGCGGCGCCGCGGACGGCACCGAGAUUCCCAUCGCCGCCUCGGCCACCACUGUCACGCUGACGCAGAUUCCUGCAGAGACGACCUACCACAGCCUGGAGGACGGCGUCGUGGAGUACUGCACGACGGAAGCCCCCGCGACGGUCACGGCCGAAGCCCCCCUGGAGAUGAUGGCGCAUCAGCACGAAGUGGCUGCCAAACCCCAGGAGCUGAAGAGCCGGAUUGCCCUGAACUCAGCCAAGCUCUUGCAGGAGCAGCGAGUGACCAACCUGCACGUGAAGGAGAUCGCGCAGCACCUGGAGCAGCAGAACGACCUGCUGCAGAUGAUCCGCCGCUCGCAGGAGGUGCAGGCGUGCGCGCAGGAGCGGCAGGCGCAGGCCAUGGAGGGCACGCAGGCCGCGCUCAGCGCCCUCAUCCAGGUCCUGCGCCCCAUGAUCAAAGACUUCCGUCGCUUUCUGCAGAGCAACACGCCCAGCCCCGCCGUGACUGCCGAUCCCGGCCACGCUGGGCAGCAAGAUGGCAUCAUCCAGUGA